AGUGGGCUUCAAGGAGACCCAACAACGGUUACAAUCAAACUUCUCACAGGGAAGACGGCUGCAGAUCAGGUCGGGCAGCAUCUAUAGAAAAGAGUGAACAGUUGACGUUUCGGGCCAGACUCUGCAUCAGGGUCUCACCGGGAGACGAUCACACCCUAUUUCCACGGUAACUGCAUGGUCGGACAAAUUCAGGUGAACCAGGAAGCGGUUGUGGAGAUGAAACGUCCUGCUGUCCUAAUUUCCUAAUUUCCAGUGCUGUCCGGGGGAUGACAGCGGCGCCGCGACACUGCCCCCUGCCGUCCGGAGGUUGACGGCGGCGCCGCGACGCUGCCCCCUGCCGUCCGGAGGUUGACGGCGGCGCCGCGACGCUGGCCCCUGCCGUCCGGAGGAUGACGGCGGCGCCGCGACACUGCCCCCUGUCGCCCGGAGGAUGACGGCAGGCGGGUGACUGAAUAAGGCAGCCCUCGACACGGCAACAAAUCAGUGGGAGAAAUAACUCAAGGAGGAGCAAAGUGAACAGGAUCAGGAAUGCCGUCGUUCCACCUCUUCAGUGUGUUGGCGGCAUUGAGGAGCUGAGGUUGCAACCUGAUCUCUCUCGGGUGGUUCCCCAAAUUCCCGGGCUUGGAAGCCAUCUGGUCGGACAGUCAAGACGAGACCACACCGACGGGGAAAAACACGCGUUACUGAGCUGAAACAGACCCUCUGGCAAACCAGGAACUGUUUCCCAUUAAAAUCAGUGCCUGGUGAAGAAAAGCACUUCCUGCAUUUACUUGUGAUUUGCGAAAAUCUAAAAAUCACUCAGCUCUGGAUCUAUAAAGGAGGCUUGAUUUUCCUGCUGCUUGAUGCUGCCACUUCCUUAAAUCUUGACUUCUCACCUAACCAUCUUGCAGAAGAAGUCUAUAAAUGGAUUUGCUGCAAAUGAGGGGUCUCCUCCUGACCAUCUUUGCUGCCUGUAUUGGUGGUACCUUCCAGUAUGGGUUGAACCUGACGAUCAUUAACGCACCAACAAUCUUUAUUCAAAUGUUCAUCAAUGAAACCUGGAUCGAGCGUUACGGCAAACCUCUGGAAAGUGCAGUAAUCACAUUGCUCUGGACUAUCAUCAUAACUGCCUUCUGUGUUGGAGGAUUGGUCGGUGCAAUUAUUGCUGGACCCAUGGCCAUAACCUGUGGCAGGAGGAAUUCGCUGCUACUGAGCAAUAUUUUUGUGCUCAUUGGUACUUUGCUGGUGGGACUGAGCAAGACGGCCAAAUCCUUUGAAAUGAUUUUAAUUGGGAGAUUUUUUACUGGAAUAAACUCAGGUAUGGGAAUGAAUAUCAACCCCAUGUACCUCGGUGAAAGUGCACCAAAGAAGAUCCGAGGCAUAGUGGCCUUGUCAUAUGCUCCGUUCACUGCAGCGGGUUUAGUGACUGGACAGGCUUUAGGCCUUAGUGAGGUACUGGGCAGAGAAGAAACAUGGCCCAUCCUGUUGUCAGCCUCUGCAGUACCAGCUCUAAUCCAGCUCGCCAUUCUCCCAUGGUGCCCAGAAAGUCCCAGGUACUUGCUGAUCGACAGGGACGACAAGGAUAUGUGCAUGAAGGCGCUAAAACAACUGCGUGGCAAUGCCAACCUGACGUCAGAAAUAGAUGAAAUGUUGGAAGAGCAAUCUGUACUUAAAGGUGAAAAUGCCAAGAAAAUAUGGGAUAUGUUCGUAGACCGUAGUAUCCGAAGGCAGUUGAUGAUCACCUUUGUGCUGGGCUCUGCCAUACAACUAUGUGGGAAUGAUGCUAUGUACUACUAUGCUGCAUAUGUUUUUCGUGCUGUGGGAAUUUCUGAGAAAAACAUCCCGUAUGUCGCUAUUGGAACUGGGUGCUGUGAGCUUGUUACUGCAUUGACAAGUAAUCUGUUCAUUGACCGAGCUGGGCGCAGGCUGCUGCUUAUGGGAGGUUAUGGUCUGAUGGUUAUCUGUGGAAUAUUUUUCACCAUCUCAUUGGCUCUUCAAGACAAGAUUAGCUGGAUGCCAUAUAUGAGUGUAAUUUCCAUCUUUGCGUCCAUCUUAAGCUUUGGAAUUGGCCCAGCAGGGGUAACUGGGAUCAUUCCGAUGGAGAUCUUUGACCAGACUGCAAGGCCUGCAGCAUAUAUGAUCAAUGGAUUCCUUUUCUGGAUAAAUUAUAUUAUUAUUGGGUUAACGUUCCCAUUUAUCGUUGAGGGGCUGGGCAGUUUCUGCUAUGUGCCAUUCCUUUCCCUUAGCUGCUUCUUCGUUGUCUUUAUUGGAGUCUUCCUGCCCGAAACAAAAGGAAAGACCUUUCUUGAAAUUUCCAAGGAGUUUCGUAAGCAAAAUUUCAGAGGGCUCAAGUAGACCAAGUGAGGAUAAAGCAACAAAACUACGUUAAAGCCUGUCAAAACAAAAAUAACCAAGGAUUCCUUUCUUAAAAUAAGGAUUUAAACGUUCAGGACGAGAGAGAAGAAAAUUCAUCAUCUGGAGGCUGGUGAAUCUUAGCAAGUCUCUGCUAAUGUGCUUCUGUGGAGGCUGAUUUGGUGCAUAUGUUACUCAGGGCCACUUUGUGAGGUACCUCCUACUCCUAAUAAAGUGGCCACUGAGUGUAUGUUCUGCUGCUGGAGCCAUGCUCUUCAAGGUUUGACAAGUUUUGUGUACUGAGAUGCUCUUCUGCACUGUUGUAGUGCAUGAUUGUUGUCACCUUCCAGUCAGCUUGACCAAGCCUGGCCAUUCUCCUCUCACCUCUUCCAUUAACAAGGCGUUUUCACCCACAAAGCUGCUGCUCACUGGGUGUUUUUGUGUUUUCUUUCACACCAUUCUCUGUAAACUCUCGAGCCUGUGUGUGAAAACCCCAGGAGAUCAGCAGUUCCUGAGCUGCUCAAACCGCCAGGUCUGGCACCAACAAACAUUCCACAAUCAAAGCCACUCUGAUCACGUUUCUUCCCUAUGCUGAUGUUCAGUCUGAACUUUAUGGCCAUGUCUCCAUGCUUUAAGCACUGAGUUGCUGCUACAUGAUUGGCUGAUUGGAUGUUUAUGUUAAUGAGCAAAUGUGCCUAAUCCAGUGGCCACUGAGUGUACUUGUGGUGAAGGUUGAUUGAUUUUAGAGAUUUAGAGUUAGCAUGAGAAAAUAGUACUGAGUGGACAGAUUAGCCUUGAUAUUUAAUAGUGAGGUGUCUCUGGGCUACUUCUGUUUCUGAUGUCCAGUUAAAUACUGGUGCAUAAUAUUUGGUCAGGCGACAUUUGUGAGUUAGAAAGAGAGAGGUUGCUUAUGAUCUGAAACAUUAGCUCAGUUUUUUUUUAACCUAACCUGCUGAGUGUUUCCAGCAGGUUAGGUAGUUUCUUACUCUGCAUUUAAACAAUAUUCUUCCAUAUGCUUUUUUUCUGCCGUCAUGCAGUGUGGGGUAGAGCAGCUGAUCUUUGCUGUUAGUUUUCUCCGUCACUGGGCAGGGAACCUACAGCAGAAAUAGUUGUUGAUAAUCCAGGUCACAUGUUCAAGUAUCUGCAGAUUCAUUCAUAAAAUUGAUCAAUAGAACCAACAAUUUACUGAGCUCAUGCUUAUACCUUUAUGAGAAAUAAUUUCCCCAACUUUAGGCAGCCCCUAGGUUUUGUAUGUUUUUCCAUUCCUGACAACUGUAAGCCAGUUUCUCUGUACCUGAGAAAUACUCAUUUCUCACUGCUGCCCAUAUCAAAUCGCUCUACAUAUAAUUUCUAAAAUUCAUUCAUUUCAUUGUAUACUCACUCUCAUAAGUAAACUAAUUGAAUAUACAUGUAUCCAGUUAUUCACAAGUACCACAGAACAUUAUUAUGCUAUCUAGAUAAAUGUUUUACAGAUGUACACCACAUUUCCACAGAUCAGGCCAUCCAUAGCCUGGGAGCCUCUGCAGCUUUCGAACUUAAUGACAGGAAAUGCUGGAAGUACUGAUCUGGUUAUAAGGUGAAUCCAAAGUCAUGAAGGACUUCUUGACAAUGAUGGAUACUAAUCAAGAACCUAUCAACCUCUGCUUUAAACAUACAAACAACCUAGCUCCACAGGGUAGUGGAGGCCAAUUCUCUGGAUGCUUUCAAGAAAGAGAUUGAUCUCUUAAAGAUAGAGUCAAGGGAAAUGCGGAGAAGGCAGGAACAGGGUACUGAUUGUGGAUGAUCAGCCACGAUCACAGAGAAUGGUGGUGCUGGCUCGAAGGGCUGAAUGGCCUACUCCUGCACCUAUUGUCUAAGUAAAUUCCUCCUCUCUGGUAUAAAGGAAUAUCCUUAUAUUCUGAGGCUGUGCCCUGUAGUUACAGACUCUCCCACUAUUGGAAGUUCUCUCUCCACGUCCACUCUAUACUGGCCUUUCAAUAUUCAACAGGGUUCAAUGAGAUCUCUUUACUAAAUUCAGCAAAUACAGUCCCGGAGCCAUCAAACAUUCCUCAUACAUCAACUCUUUCAAUCCUGGGAUCAAUCUUACAAACCUCCUCUGGACUCUCCAAUGCUAGCUCAUCUUUUUUUAUAUAUGGGGCCCAAAACUGCUCACAAUAUUCAAAAUAUGGCCUGACUGGUGAUUUAUAAAGCCUCAGCAUUAAAUCCUUGAUUUUAUAUUCUAAUCCUCUCAAAUAGAAUGCUCCCGUGGCAUUUCCCUUCCUUACUACCUGCUAAUUAACCUUUCGGGAAUGCUGCACAAGGACUCCCAGGUCCCUUUGUACCUUGAUUACUGGAUUUGCUUUCCAUUUAAAAAAUAGUUUAUGCCUUUAUUCCUUCUACCAAAGCGCAUAACCAUACAUUUCUCUACACCCAAAGUACACUGCAGAUGCUGGGUUCAAAGCAACAUGUACAACAAGCUGGAGGAACUCAGCAGGUUGGGCAGCAUCCAUGGAAACGAGCAGUCAACGUUUCGGGCCGAGACCUAUCUUUGUGUCAUUCACAAACUUGGCCACAAAGCCAUCAACUAUGUCACUCACAUUAUUAAUAUAUAAUAUGAGAUGUAGUGGACCAAACACCGAACCCUGUGAAACUUCAUUUGUCACUGACAGCCAACCAGAAAAAGCCUCCUUUAUUCUCAUUCUUUGCCUCCUACCAGUCAGCCAAUCUCGUAUUCCUUGCUAGUGUCUAUCCUGUAAUACAAUGGGCUCUUUCCUUACUUGGAGCCUCACCAGUGACAAAGGCAUUCUCAAAACCCAAGUCAACAACAUCCACUGAUUCUCCUUUGACUUUCCUGCUUGUUAUUUCCUCAAAGGUAUAUUUCUGUUUCUACCUGUCCAAGUACACCUAUCUUACUUUCAACAGUGGUCCUUGGCAUUGAUUUGGCAAAGAGGAGGGUGAGAGAGAUGGCAAGUGUUUAGAAGACUCAUUGAAGAUGAGAUGGGCCUUAUUGUGCUCAAAUUACAUCUGGAUUUGCACACCCCAUUCCUAUACUAGCCUGGUGCAGAUGCACGUGUCCAUUUACCUAGUCUGACUGAUCCCACAGUGAGGCCACAACCCGGAAUCCUGGAACUUUUCGGUAGACCCUGAAAGGAGACAAACCAAUCAAAGUGCUUCCAAAGACCUCAUCUUCCAAAAUGCAUUAUUCUUAAGUAUCUCAGUAAUAUAAUUAAAAAUGAAAACUUUUUAAGUAUCAUUGAUGUACAAAGUCACAUAAAAACAUUAAAUUGUUUCAGUGUUUAUUAAAUGCACGUUCAAACACGUAAUUAAAAAGAUAAAAAUCAAGAUUGGGGAGCAUGUCAUGAGAAUAGGUUGAGUGAACUCGGCCUUUUCUCCUUGGAGCGAAGGAGGAUGAGUGUUGACCUGAUAGAGGUGUAUAAGAUGUUGAGAAGGUUGAUCCUGUGGAUAGUCAGAGGCUUUUUCCAAGGGCUGAAAUGGUUGCCACAAGAAGACACAAGUUUAAGGUGCUGGGGCGUAGAUACAGAGGAGAAGUCAGGGGUAAGUUUUUUUUUACUCAGAGAGUGGUGAGUGCUUAGAAUGGGUUGCUGGCAAAGGUGGUGGAGCAGGAUACAAUAGCGUCUUAAGAGACUUUUGGAUAGGUACAUGGAGCUUAGAAAAAUAGAGGGCUAUAGGUAAGCCUAGACGUAUCUAGGGUAGGGACAUGUUCGGCACAACCUUGUGGGCUAAAGGGCCUGUAUUGUGCUGUAGGUUUUCUAUGUUUCUAAAGUAAGUACCGAAAAAUAAAUACAACUUGAAAAGAUGAUUUGAAUCAAGAAAGCAAAUAAUCUUAGUGAUGUUUUAAUAUCUAAAUACUUAUUUUUUUUUAAAAGAAGGUGAACUACUUGUAAGCUUAUUUUUCAGAUUGUAUCAGUUGUCUUAAACUUUCAGGUGUUUCAAUGAAAUUGGGCAGCAGCUUGGAGAAUGUUUGAAUGAGUUCAAUGAGGACAGCUCAGUGUUCAGUCAGAUAGGUGGAUCCUUCAGCAUAAUACUUGGGAAUUCAGCCUAAGAGGUGGAUAUGCCAGCAUCAGACACUAAGCUUUAAGGGGCAAUGUGAAUCCACGAUAUGCUAGCUGGGAGCAUCUGUAGUUGAAUAGCUUGGAAACCACCGGCCACAGCUCAGCUCAAUUCACAUUGAUCUGUGAUUCUGAUACUUCUGUGAUGCUGGAAGAAUCUGUAUGACAGCAGGAAAACCAAUUGCUUCACAACAAUCAAAUUUUGACAUUGAAAAUACUAAUUCAUUCUCUCCAAAUGUAAGGAUAUUUAUAUAGAGAACAGUACAUGCACAGUUUAAAGUACCAAUAAAGCUGGAUAAUAUUUAUUUAUACAUUUUAAAUUAUAUAAGUUAAGCACACUCUAGUCUUCCUUGUGUUCUUUAAAGCAUAGAAGCUGAAUCGUAAAUUAGAAGACACAAGUGCAUGAGAAAGAACCUCUAGCAUUGCUGUACAUAUAGAUAAUCUGUGAAUGAAAUUUAGUAAAUAAGCCAUUGCACUGAAGCAUGUGGAAUUGUGAAGCUGAAGAUGUAAUUUUUUGACUUUGCCACCUUCCUGAUUUAUACCAAUUGCUAUUAAAAGAGCCUACCACAUAUAUCAAUAUUCUCAAUGCCUGCAUCAAUAAAUUAUUGAAGUGCCUGUUGAAGUAAUUGUAGCAUUAAAUUAUUGAAAGUAUAAUUUCUGAAAGGUUGCAUAUAAAGCCAAUCUUUGAACUAUGAACAUAUCAACUGAACAGUGUAAAAUUAAGGAAUAUUUGUUAAAGUUACAUUCCCUUGUAACGAUGCCCCGCAUUGGUAUUAUAAUACAUCAGUUACAGUAAAGUUGGGUUUUCUUUCCAA